AUGGCCCGCGGGAACCAGCGCGACAAGGCUCGCGAAGCAAACCUGAAAAAGCAGGCCGCCAUGAAAAAGGCCCAUGGCAUGAGCGGCAGCGAGUUGGCCAAAGCAAAAGAGAUCGCGGCGCAAAAGAUGCGCGAGAAGCAGGCAGCCGGU